AUACAAACAUUCUUUCUACAUCAAUUUUUUUUUUUUUUGGGAAAACUGGAUAUUAAUCCAGGUCUUUCUACAUCAUAUAUAUCCAUAAUUUUGCCCCAACCCCAAGAAGUCAAACGUCUAAUUUGACUAGGCUUGUUGGAUCAGCCUCUCUCAGCAGGCCCUUCAAUAAUAUAUCUGGCUCUCUGUUCUUCCUUUCUCACAAUCACAACCAAAUCAUUCAGCUCAGAGGGAAAAAAACCGUGAAAAUUAUCACAACAUGUUGAGCCCCUUCAACUGUGCCACUUUUAAUCACCAAGAAGAAGAUGAUGAUGAGCCCAUGAUUUCAACUUCACCUCCAACUCCAAGAAAAUCAUCGAGAUCGAAAAGCGCUGGCCUGAUUUACAGAAGACACAACAAGGACAGCAAAAACCCUUAUUCGGACAGCGGCCUCGACAAGUUUUAUGCACUUGUAGCUGACCUAGAAGAGAAAAGGAAAAAGAUUUACGCACAAAUGGACCCGAAAGACAUAUCUUUCGUGCGGUUCGUGUUCAAGGACGAGACUGAUACAAGUGCUCCGGUUCCAAUCGUGAUAAAAAGGAAAGACCAAAGGGACAAAACAAAGACAACUGGUAGUCCUGAAGAGAAGCGUUCAAACCGUAAUUCAGAAACCUUGGAAAAUAUUGACCAAGCCCACAUCGACAAGAAAGACGUGAAGCAGAAGCAACCGGGAUCGAUAUCCGAUCAAGAGAGCAAGAAGGGGAGUUUUUCAAGUUCGAACAUGAAGUCGGAUGAGUGGAGAAGGCCAUCUUAUUAUUUGCCGGUCGUUGUGAUCUUUAUUUUGGUGUUGUUGACUUUGUCUGGGCGGUCUUUUGCAAUACUGUGUACGUCUAUAUUCUGGUACGCGAUUCCAUCGUUGAAAGAGAGUUCGAGUAGUACAAGAAGGCCGGCGGCAUCAAAGAAGAAAGAUUAUAUUAGAAGAUUGAGUGACAAGAAGAUGGUAGUUACUGAGGGAAUUUAGUCUCCGAAAUGUACCAACGCCGUGGCUAUACCGCUGUCUCGACGUCAUGGUCACCAGAAAAGUUUGUGAUGAUCGAUGAUUGAGAGAAAUUAGACACAAUAUCACAAGUGGUGCUGCGUGCAGGUGGUGCCUGUGGAGUUGAUGAUCGGUGGUGGACAGAGGAUUGGAUGGCUGGCUGCUUCUCGAAUUGGCGGUGGAGAACACAAUGGAUGUUUCUCAGAUGUUCAUUUUUGUUUGGGUUUCACUGUUGUUGAGCUCAUUUUCUGUGUUUUCUUUGUUUUUAGGCCCGUUCUUUGUUUGUUUCUAGGAAAUAACAGGGCCUUUGUUUUGUUUGUUAGUGUGUGUUUGUCUUAAUAAAAGUUCCUUGUUGACGAUCCUUUUGAA